CUUUCCUCCAUGACGUCAGCGGACGGCAGCAGAGCAGGUCUAGCUGCGGAGAUUUCACGGAGUUUUAACACUGCGUUUCGGGGUUCGCCAAGUCCAGAGGCCACCGUCCGCUAUCGAGCAGCUCCGGAGAGGAGAAGCGGGGAGAGAGAGGCGGCAGCGAGCACCGAGGCUCGCGGGCAUUUCCACCGAGGCCGGGCACCAGGAGAGUCCGCAGGAAGUCAAGGAAACCUGAAAACACACCGGCCAGCAGCAGCGGCGACGACGAGUGCAGACUGGUGCUGCUGAAGGAAGGCAGCACAAUCACGGCUGGACGUGGUGGAUAAUUAGAGGAAACAUUCCCCUGGAGGCUGCGGAGCAGCUGAAGAACUUUCCCUUUGAACCUUCAUAUUCAAGGAUCCUCCAGAGGAACUAUCGCUGGCGUCUCAGCUGAGAGCCAGAAUCACUUCAGAAUUUGAUUCCACUCACCGACCUGUGGCUGCCCCCCCCUUUGCCACGCUAAAAUCAGGAGACUUCUUAUCUGUUUGUAUCGAUUCUCUCUGGUAAACAUGGGAUCAGAGAAGGACUCUGAGUCGCCACACUCCUCGGUAAGUGGCGUCCCGAACCCUAAUUGCAGAGCGGCAGGCAAGCGGCAAGGCCGCAUCUCUUUCCACAGUCUCUUCCACAGCAAGCGGGGCUCCCGGGCCAGCAGGGCCAACAAAGGCAGCGCAGCACCUGCGCUCACGCACCAUCAACACAUGCAACAGCUCCUCCCGUCAGCCUUAAGUUCGGCGGCAACCGGUGUCGCCACCACCACGGCCACCGCCGCUGCCACUGCUGUGCCCCAAGAAGCUGCCUCCAGCACUCCGACGAAUGCCCUUACAGCCAGUCAGCCAUCAUUGAGUGGAGCACCGUCGUCGAGUGAGGUGAACUUCUUGGAGUGUCCCCUGUGCCUGAUUCGCCAACCUGCCGACCAGUUGCCUGAGCUGCUAGGCUGUAGUCACCGAUCCUGCCUGUGCUGCCUGCGUCAGUACCUUCGCAUCGAGAUCACAGAGAGCAGAGUCCAUCUCAGUUGCCCCGAGUGCGCGGAGAGACUGGUCCCGAGGCAGGUGGCCGACAUUCUGGAUGACGCCGCCCUGCUGGAGAAGUAUGAGGAGUUUCUCUUGAGAAGGUGCCUCGCCUCAGAUCCGGACUGCAGAUGGUGCCCAGCACCAGACUGCGGGUUUGCCGUCAUCGCCUCAGGAUGCGCGAGCUGCCCACGGCUCGUGUGUCGCAGGGAAGGCUGCGGCGCCGAGUUCUGUUACCACUGCAAGCAAGCGUGGCACCCCAACCAGACCUGCGACUCUGCCCGCCAGCAGAGGGCGCAAUCCCUGCACAACCACAGCAACCACUCGCCCAGCUACACCCAAGAGCAGGGACCUGCCGACGACAUCAAGCCGUGUCCGCGCUGUGGCGCCUACAUCAUCAAGAUGAACGAUGGCAGCUGCAAUCACAUGACCUGCGCCGUGUGUGGCUGUGAGUUCUGCUGGCUCUGCAUGAAGGAGAUCUCCGACCUGCACUACCUCAGUCCGUCCGGCUGCACCUUCUGGGGGAAGAAGCCCUGGAGCAGGAAGAAGAAGAUUCUGUGGCAGCUGGGAACACUGAUUGGAGCACCGGUCGGAAUCACGCUCAUCGCCGGCAUCGCCGUUCCCGCCAUGGUCAUCGGCAUCCCUGUUUAUGUGGGCCGCAAGAUCCACGCUCACUACGAGCUGAAGAAAGCCUCUCGUCACCGCAGAAACCUGGCCAUCACAGGAGGUGUGGCCCUGUCUGUCAUCACCGCCCCCGUCAUCGCGGCCGUCAGCGUGGGCAUCGGCGUGCCCAUCAUGCUGGCGUACGUGUAUGGCGUGGUGCCCAUCUCGUUGUGCCGCGGAGGUGGUUGCGGUGUGAGCCGAGGAAAGGGGCGGGGUGUCCGGAUCGACUUUGACGAGGACGAUGGCCCCAUCACUGUGGCGGAUGCCUGGCGCGCCCUCAAGUCCCCGAGUCUUGGUGAGAGCAGCCUGGAUGGUGCUGUCAGCUGCCUCAGCACCACCUCCCCGAGUGAAGCCCUGUCUGUGGUGCCUGGUGCUGCUGGUGACACGCCUCACUUCAACACGCUGGCUGGAGGAACCCUGGGCACAAGGACUGGCAAAUACAGCAGGUUGGAGGUUCAGACCGGCGACCUGGCUAAAGAGUCGGCUCAGAGGGAGACAGGAAGUCUCGGGGCCGGCAGCGACUGUGCUAGCACUCGUGGGAUGGCUGGAUCCAUCAUCUCUUCAUACACUCUCCCAGACAGGGAGUGCACCAAUCUGGAGAUCCAGGUGGACAUUGAGACCAAACCCAGUCACCUCUGCCUGAACAGCGAAGAGGACCUAACCCCACCAGUGGGACCCGCUGCUGCGGCAACAGCAUCGGUGGGGGAGGAGCCUCUGGACUGCAGCUCCAGAAGGGGUGGGGCUUUGUCUGGUUCCACGCUAGCGCUGUCUUCAGGCACGUCGAUCAGGGAGGGGCUCCGCGACGUUACCCUGGCCCAGCCGGAGAGCAUCCGCAGCGACCUGGAGAUGUCGGACACGCAAUCCGACGACAUUGCCGAGCUGACGUCGGACGACUGCGACUCGCCUCACCCGAAGAGCUGUCACCAGACGACGGGAGCGCCGCCGCCCUGCCGAGCCCCCAACCCCUCCAACGAAGGCCUUCACUGUCCCACCGACAGCAACGUCAUCCUCUACGUGUGAGAGAAGCGUCUCUCAGGAUCGCACAACACUUCUACUCUGUCGCUCUCCUUCAGAACUUUCUACUUCAGUCCGCUGCUUCUGCGACUUCGAGACACCAACGGUUGACGAUCUGUCUUUACCUGACAAUCUCCUCACUGAGGCAAAUGUUGGGAUUCUACCUCUGAGGUUUUUAAGACGAUUAUGUUUACUCCCGGGUGCAAAAAUGCCUUGGCUACUUCAGCAAAAAAAAAGAAAAUAUAUAUCUAUAUCAGAGAAGACAAAGGGUGGUUUAAAAUUUCCAGAAGGAAAAUCUAAGGUGAAAGGUCACCAAGCACAGAAUAGUCAGUGAAAGUGGACGACUGGGACGUAGAUCACAAGCAUGGAUGAAUGUGGACUUUGUACCGUGGCUUUGUUUGUGUCUUUCUAUCUAUAUCCGGACAAACAUCUAAUUGUACGACUGUCUGUGGACAUGAGGCUGCGUCCACGCUGCUGCAGUUGCCGAGUUGUCCUUUUGAGAGUAGAUGGGUAUUGGAACCCCUGGAUGGUACAACAUUCCGAGGAAUUGUGAGCUGAGAAGUCUUCUUCUGCUCUGAACUUGUGUUGAAAAAGUGCCUCCUUCUUUCAUCCACUUGCUCAACCCUCAGACAACAAACAUCUUUGCUUGGUUCUUGUCUUUAAGACCAGUACAGUCAUACGCACACAGCUUUACCCUCAGUCUGGAAGCAGGGCCUUUAAAGUACAGGUCUCUGGAUGCAGGUUCUUACUGUCGCAGUGUGGAUGUGGCCUCAUCUCUUGCUUGCCAUGAGUUCUGACAAUGACGUGGCGCCCAACGAUUACCAGAAGUGAUUCGUCAAUACCACAAAAAGGCUUCAAGAGGAUGAAUGACAAAAAAAAUUGGAGGAUGUAGCAACCAUUCUGAGGAAUGUGACCACACAGACCAUUUGUAAUUUACCGUUUUGAAGAAGAAAAGGGAAGUCGCGGCGGGUAAUGCAGAAGUGAUGUAAAGGGUUCUGUCUUCAUAGCAGCCAGAGUGAAAGCUGUUUGGGUCUCGGAAGUGAGUUAGACUCGAGAAUCCGUCCUGUUCCCCUUCUGGUUUCAUGACCAGGACAAGGCGGCGCUCACAUGAGGUAUUGGCUUCAUAAAGCUGUCUCUUGUCCUCAAGAGAUGCUCUCAACAACUGAUCCAAACAAAAGGGAACUUGUAUGUUGGAGGGGAGAGUUGAGGAACGUCCCUCUCCUGAGGGGCACUGACAAAUCCCUGAUAUGGCUUUUGGCAUUGUAAGGUCAGGAGUGAAUGGUUGCUCCUCAUUGGAAACAAGCUCAUGUAUUUCUUGAAGCACAAACAUUUCAAUCAAAUAUCCGUCCGUCCUUAGCAGAACUCAUGACUCAGCGUCAUGUGACUGGUUGAGGCGUGAAUGUUGCUCUCGCUGAUCGACAUAACCGCACACUUGACCGCUUUUAAGCUGCGGCGCGACGUCCGUCUGACCCAGUUAAAGUUUGUGUGAGUGCAUGUGUCUCUGUCUCUGACAGACGAUGAAGGUGUGAAUGUUGUAAGAACGAGCACUUGUGCACUUUAUCUGAAAAGAUACCUUAUUUAUGUUCAGUUUUUUUCCCCUUUUUCUGCUACUGUACGUUAGCUUUGUUUUGUUGCACACCGACGUCUGUGGUUUAACCAAAACUAACCGGAAGGCCUUUUCACUUCACACCAGAAGAGUUUGGUUCCGAAACAGUCAAGAGCGCCCUCUACUGUGGCAACAUGUUACCGUUAGAAAUACAGAACACUUGUUACUAUAUUCGUCAGAAAGCAGAAGUAUGAUAAGCUACUUGAUAAUGAGAGUGUUUAUGUUCUGUAUGCAGAAGUAAACGCCAAAUAUUCAGUGCAGCAUUAACGUUGUUAUUGAGUAACCGAAUACAACAUGCCUUUCUGCAACAAUCCGCAUCACAUGGCUAAAGAUGCGAGUGCAGAAUCCGAGAAGAUACGUUAGCUAACUUAGGGAGCCAAACUCUUCCUGAGCUCACGUGACAUUCAUUCGCUCAUCACACUCACAAGCCUGAAUGGAAUCUUAGCUUUGUAUCACCGUUGUGCUUCAAUCUUAAAGGAAAACAAACAUACGCUGCUCAUGACUGGACACCGCUCUGUUUGUUUGUUUGUUCAUUCUGCUGCACUUUUCCACUUGUUUCUGUCCAAGCGAGGGGGGAACACUUGAAUGUACUGCAAGGAGAAGAAGACAAUGACAUUCUGGCAAGAGUUUUCCCACCGAAUCAUUAAAGUAGUUAAAAAAAAAAAAAAAAAGAAA